AUGUUGUUACACCAGCGUGCAAUUAUUAGGGAUAUGGCAGCAGUUCAAGCAGAACAAGCCUUUGGUAGCCAAGUUCCUAGAACUGCAUCAAGUGCGACAUUACCCCCAUCUUAUGAUGCUUUAAUUGCUACUGCCGCAACAAGUAAAGCCCAAACAUCAGAUUUGGAACCACCCCCUCCAACAUAUGAUGAAGCUAUGUACCUUAUUGAUGAUGAAAAACUAAGAAUGGAAAUCAGAAUUGAUGACAGUGCAAAACAAGAAACUAGUAAUCAAACUAGCUCUAGUGUAAACUCUGUUGUUAAGCCU